UUUUCGAUUCGUGUUGAUACAAACCGGAAAAUCCAAAUCGAAAACCAAACCGAAUAAACAAAAGAGGACGAAGCAGAGCAAGUUGUGAGCAAACUGUCUGUGUGGGUCUCCUAGGCAGAGGAAAGCUGCAGUUUUUUCUUCUCCACAGUAUCUCUUUAUCUUCGAUGGCAUUGAUACAACCACCAAUUCAAGGGAAUUCUUCCGCUUGCGCCAAUGAAAUCAUCCAACUCUCUUCUACGAUUCGCUGCUUUUCACGCAGCGCGGUUCAGCAACAUAUAUCAUCCCCUGCUUGUUUUCGACAUGUAACCUCUGUUUCAGUAACGCCCACAACGUGUUCGACCAAAAUACCCAACGAGCGUAUAGGGAAAAUGAGCCCUGGCCUGAUCUCAACAAGACACCGAGUAGAUCCUAAAAAGGAAUUGUCUCGGAUUCUGAGAACAGAUGCUGCUGUUAAGGGCAUCGAGAGGAAAGCCAACUCCGAAAAGUACAACACUUUGUGGCCAAAAGCUGUUCUUGAAGCACUUGAUGAGGCUAUCAGCGAGAAUCGUUGGCAGUCUGCGCUCAAGAUUUUCAAUCUUCUUAGGAAGCAGCAUUGGUAUGAGCCAAGAUGCAAAACAUACACAAAGCUGUUAAAAGUGCUUGGGAAUUGCAAACAGCCUGAGCAGGCCAGCUUACUUUUCGAGGUCAUGUUGUCUGAAGGAUUGAAACCCACCAUUGAUGUGUAUACAUCUCUUAUAGCUGUUUAUGGCAAAAGCGGACUUCUAGACAAGGCCUUUGCCACGCUUGAAUAUAUGAAAUCGGUUAGUGAUUGCAAGCCAGAUGUCUUCACCUUUACUGUUCUCAUCAGUUGUUGCUGCAAACUUGGUCGGUUUGAUCUGGUUAAACGCAUCCUUCUUGAGAUGUCGUAUCUUGGAGUUAGAUGCAGCACGGUUACUUACAAUACUAUUAUUGAUGGGUACGGAAAGGCAGGCAUGUUUGAGGAGAUGGAAAAUGUACUGGCUGAUAUGAUCGAGGAUGGAGAUUCUCAUCCAGAUGUUUUCACGUUUAACUCGAUCAUUGGGUCAUAUGGAAAUGGUGGCAACACGAGAAAGAUGGAAAGCUGGUAUAAUCGGUUCCAGCUGAUGGGAGUGCAGCCAGACAUCACUACAUUUAACAUACUGAUCCUAUCAUUUGGUAAAGCGGGGAUGUUUAAGAAGAUGAGCUCUGUUAUGGAUUUCAUGGAGAAAAGGUUCUUCUCCCUGACGACUGUCACUUAUAAUAUAGUGAUUGAGACGUUUGGAAAAGCAGGAAGAAUCGAGAAAAUGGAUGAGACAUUCAGGAAAAUGAAGUAUCAAGGAGUGAAACCCAACUCUAUCACUUAUUGUUCGCUUGUUAACGCGUAUAGCAAAGCUGGUCUUGUGGUGAAGAUAGAUUCGGUUUUGAGGCAAAUUGUGAAUUCAGAUGUGGUACUGGAUACGCCCUUCUUCAAUUGCAUAAUCAAUGCAUACGGUCAGGCUGGUGAUCUGGCUACGAUGAAGGAACUGUACCUACAAAUGGAAGAGAGAAAAUGUAAGCCUGAUAAAAUCACUUUUGCCACUAUGAUCAAAACCUAUGCUGCGCAUGGAAUCUUUGAUGCAGUCCAGGAACUCGAGAAACAAAUGAUUUCCACUGGGUGUCGGUCCAAACCUUGCAAUCAGGUUCUCAGCAAAUGACUCUCUGAAAAAUAGUAUACCCAUAUAACUUCUGUAGUGACAUUCCCUUUGGACAUGGUGAGAAGAAUAAUGCAGUUGGAAGGAUCUGGUGGGCGAGUGCGAGCGUAUAAGACACAAGGCAUGCGAGGGCUAUACGGAGGAAUGCUACAAAGUGGCUCCUGGUGUGUGGCAUUGCCUUAUCAAAUGUUAAAUGUAAAUACAUAUAGCUAGCCUACAAUGUUGUAAAUAUAUAUAUAGCUACGAUAGAAGAUCACAAUCUUGUUUUGAUCCGUCUAAGAGCCGACCUAGAAAAUGUUAAGUUUUACUUUUCUAAGAAAACUUUGAAUUGAGUUUUGAUU